UAUGAGGACAGACAUAGGUGAGGAUAUCGUGAAAAUUCACAGCACGAGCUCUAUUUGGCAACUGUCAUAUCAUAAGGGCCCGACCACUUGAGACUGGCAGUAGCAUGGCCACACAGUGAUCACAGCGUGGCGUGCAAGCAGGUUGAGGUGGAAUUUCAAACAUUAGCAGUCUGAUCACAGGGCUGUUUACAUUCGACUUCAGUUUUAUCUUAGCCUGUUUUUCGUGGAUAAUUGGGAAUAAUAUUGGGGAAAUAAUCAAAACCCAUUAGAGGUUUCUUUGGCAUUCCGUCGCUCGAAACAAAAGGAGAACGCUGGAAUUUCGAAGGCGCUAUCUUGUUAUACGGGGCAGUGACUACGGACAAAGACAAGGUUGAAGGUCUCUAUUUGAAGCGAUUAAACUCGAUUGAUCAAAGAAUGCUAUAUUAAAAGCCGUGAUUAUACAUCAAUGUUUAUUAGAGCCACGCUCUCGUAGUGAACGGACGAGCAUCAGUGCUAGCGAUGAGACAGUGAAUCCAGCAAGUGAAGAGUUUUCUCAACGUUGUUGCGGAUUUAGGUUCUUUGCUUCACAGGAUGGAGAAGACGGUAAUUUCGAUCAUUUGCUUGUUUUUUGUGCUGAAUCAAUGUUUGGCUGAAGAAGCCCAGAUUGUCGUGCAUAAGAAUGAAAAACUCAAAGUAUUUUACGGUCGUGCAGUUUAUAUUAGACCCCGCGUGGAUUUGUCUUUCUUGUACAAGCCCGAAGGAAAUUGUCAAGUAUACGUAUUGAAGGACGAGCCAACGCAUUAUAAAGUUGGCGGUCUGUACCCUGGUAUUUUUCCAUGCAACUUCGACGAGAAAGAAGUUAAGUAUCAGCAUUUUGGUGGUCUUGACAAUCUAGAAGAUAUUGUAAAGAUGCAUGCAAGGUUAGACACGGGGAGUCAGACUGUGGUGCAGCCGUUCGCCAUACACGUUGAGGUAUUAUUCAGCAUACCUUCCGAAGUAUUACAGAAGAAAGCUGAUCUCAUCGUAGAGCAGGUUGGAGGGCUUUCUGAGCCAAUAAGCAACAGCGUGCUUCAAUUCAGUUUCGAUCAAAAUAGAGAAGACUGUUUUAUUCAUGUAGUCAAGUCUGAUGCCGGACCCCCAUAUUAUGGGCGCUUGGUGCACGAGACAACAGCCACUGGCAGAACAGAGCUUAGUCAAAAAAUUGAAUGUGCGAAAUUCACUGAUGGAACUUUGCGAUACAGCCAUAAAAAUGCUGCCUCUUCAAACCGGGAUUAUAUUCCAUUAGUUGUUGAGAUCGCAGAUAAAAAGUCGAAAAAGGUCGAGCAAAGGGAAUUCAUCCGUGUGCCAGUGAGAAUAAGAGGAGCCGCGGAAAAUGAAAGACCGAAUCAAGCAUUCGAUGCUGUAUUUUCAACCCAGGUUGACCAGUCUAUCAUCACAGCAAUCAGUCCUAACGUUCUGGCUGUCACCGAUAAAGAAACAAAUGACGAUCUUUUGAUUCUCAAUGUCACACAACCACUUGGUCCAGGUGAAGGGGAACUUGUAAACACGGACAAUCCAAAUGUACCUAUCAGAACAUUCUACCAAAAAGACCUCAAAGAUUUGAAAAUUGCAUACAAGCCACCGAAAAAAUACUCAAGUGGGGCCAGAGUGCGAAGGAUUUGGUUCGAGGCUAUUGAUGGAGAAGGGGCAAGAUCUAUACCAUUUUACGUUUUCAUAAUUCUCAAAGAAAUGAACACUGAAACACCAAGGGUUGUGAAGAAUACAGGUAUCACAAUGUUCGAAGGCCAGUCACGUGCGAUAGACAAAAAUAUAUUGGUAAUCACCACACAAAACGAUCCCUCCAAUGUUGAUAUUUCUGUUAUCAAUGGACUUAAGCAUGGACAGUUAGAGAAGCUCGGAAAGUCAGUUACUUCAUUCACUCUUAAAGACCUUCGACAAGGAUUGGUGAGAUACAUUCAUGACGAUUCAAACACCUACCACGACAAUUUUGUCAUGAGGGUGAAGGAUGGGAAACACCAAGUCGACACUCUCCUUGCCGUCACAAUUAUUCCAACAGAUGACGAGGCUCCAAUUCUUAAGCACAAUCUUGGCAUGACCCUCGAGGAGGGUGGCAUAAUGCAGAUAAACCAGUUUAUUCUUACUGCCAAAGAUGUCGAUUCUGAUGAAACUAAGUUGAUUUUCAAAGUUAUAAAUCCUCCGAUAGCUGGUGGCCUUUGCUACGUACAAACAUCACCCCCUGACCAAAAUGAUGUUGGAUGGAUUAGAGAGGGAUCAACGUUCAUGAAAAACAUAACAGAAUUCUCCCAAAGUGAUAUUAUUGUUGGGCGGGUCUUUUACAAACAUUAUGGUGAUGAGAUUUUCAGUGACCGUUUUACGUUUAGAGUUAGGGAUGAUAACACAAUACCUAACCAGUCUGGGUUGAAAACAUUUGUCAUUAACAUAAAAAAGAUCGAUGACCUUAAGCCGAAACUAUUUCCUGCCUGUCCGUUAAAAAUGAAAUCUUUGGAGACCGUUGUAUCAAAGUUUAACAAAAUCAAUUUGAGGUACAUAGAUGUGGAUACAGAUGAUGAUAAGCUUAUCUACAGGGUUACUAAAGAACCGUAUUUUGUCAGCGAGCAAGGAAAAGAUGGCGACGAUGAGAAUCUGGAUGCUGGUACAAUCAUUGCUGAGCUUGGCAGCAUCAAAAGAGAAGUUUCCACAUUCACGCAAAAACAAGUGAAUCAUUUUAAAAUUGGAUACGAUCCACCGAAAACAGAGAUUGGUCGUGCAAGACGAAAAGUUAAAUUCGAGUUUUUGGUUCAAGAUCCAGCUGGAAACAAAAUUGAAAAGCAAGUGUUCACAAUUGACCUGCACCCGAAGAACAACAAGCCGCCCGUUGGUAUCAUCCAAACUGUGCCCGUGGACGAGAGGCGUGACGUCAUAAUCACGAAAGACUACUUGGAUGUAAAAGAUGAUGAUAACUCUGCGGAGGACAUCAGUCUGGGCGUGGCAACUCCACCCAAACAUGGUCUACUGAUCAACGCUGGCAGAAAGAUGUUACCUGGGGACAUUUUCCCGUUUCAAGAAAUCACAAGGAACAACAUCGUUUACAAGCAUGAUGGUUCUGAGACAUUGAAAGAACAAAUUGACUUUCUGAUCAACGAUGGAUUCCAUUCAGUUCCAAUUGUACUGCCCAUCGCUGUAAACCCAGUCGACGAUCAAGCACCAAAAGUUAAAUAUUUGGCUGAAAAAGUUCAAGUUUUGGAACGAGGUGUCAAAAUUCUGACAAAAGAGAUCAUCAGCGGUACCGACGAGGACACAGACGAUGAAAAUCUUACGUUUUUGAUUGUGUCGGGACCGUCACGUGGUGUCAUUGAAAAACAAGGCACACCAGUGAAUUAUUUUACUCAAAAAGAUGUCUUCCAAGGGCUGAUAACCUACAGGCACACUGCUGGUGAGAUUGGAUUAGAGAUGCAGAAGGAUACCUUAAACCUCACGCUCUCAGACAUGUCAGACGAGUGGCUAGUCGGAGGUAAUACAUACAACGGCAUACUGCUUCAUUUCGAAAUACUGCCAGUCGAUUCUGAGCCGCCUGUUCUCGCAGUCAAUACGCCUGUCAAUGUUGUUGAGGGACUCAAUGUAACCCUGACUGAACCGAACCUAAGGGUCAUCGAUGUGGACACGAAGCGAGAAAAGAUCAUUUGCAAAAUCACUCAGAAGCCUCAGUAUGGUUACAUUGAAUCGGUGACGCCAGCUGAAGGCUCCGAAGUGAGUCGUCGUGGCACUGAGUCUAAGGAGUUCACUAACUUUGAUUUGAUCAACGGACAUGUGAACUAUGUCCAGAGUGUACACGAGAAACUGGAGCCUACAGUUGACCAGUUUGUUAUUGCUUGUUCAGACAAGAACAACACAUCAGCUCAGACGACAAUCAAUGUCCUCAUACAACCAAGAAAUGACGAGGAACCUGUCCCUCUCGUGCGCGAAUUCAUUGUGUUGGAAAAUGACUAUUUGUCGUUUGACUUGGCUCUCCUAAACGCCAUAGACGCAGAUGUUCCGUCAGACGAACUCGUGUUUUAUAUCGCCGAGAACCCGAAACACGGUCAGCUGUUGCGACAAGAUCAAGAUCUCACUGUCAUUAAGAAAUUCACCAAAACGGAGUUAAUUGCAAGCGAAGGUGGUAUUCUGUAUCAACACGAUGGCACAGAAACAAAAGAAGAUAGCUUCAAGGUUAUUGUCUCUGAUGGAGUGCACAAUGUGAGUGCGAUUGUGCCAGUUAAGAUCAUUCCUGUUGAUGAUGAAGUUCCUCAUAUGACCAUAAACGCAGGAUUGCGCGUGGAAAGAGAAGAGAUGAAGCAAGUUACUAACAGGAAUAUCAAGGCAACGGAUCUUGAUUCAGAUGACAAAAGCUUGAUGUACUUUGUCAUGAACGAUGCGAAAUUCGGAAGCCUGGUGAUGCGGUUAGAAAACGGACAGUUCCGGAAUCUCAGCAAAGGCAGCAAUUUCACGCAGAGGGACGUAGACCGCAAGAGCAUCUACUACCACCAUGCAAACAUAGGCAAGGAGGAGCGUGACGUCAUAAGACUUGAUGUAUCAGACGGAUUCAACCGAUUGGUUAAUCAGCUGUUUUACGUUAUUAUUGCUCCAAUUGAUAACAUACACCCAGAUGUCAUCAACAAAGGUGUCACAUUAAAGGAAGGUGACAGGAUAACAUUGACUACAGACCUCCUCAGUGCCUCAGACAUCAACAGCAAAGAUCAGAAGCUCGUCUUUCAAGUGAACAAGUUGCCAGCAAAGGGCUACCUUGAGAAUACAGAUCACCCAUCUGUGCCCAUUACAAGUUUCAAGCAAAUCGACUUGGCUGGUAACAAGAUCGUCUAUGUGCACACCAGUCAGGAUGAAGUGAAAUUCGACAAUUUUGAAUUUUCAGUCAGCGAUGGCAUCAACAAAAUCCACCGUACAUUCCGCAUCGCCUUGACUGAUGUUGACAAUAAAAAACCGAUUUUACACAUCAAUUUGCUUCCGGCUUUCGAAGGUAAAAAUACGGUCAUCACCCCCUUUGAGCUCAGAGCUGACGAUAAAGAUACCAAGGCAGGGAAUGUCGUUUUUACCGUUACCCAACUACCACUUCACGGUCAAAUCGUAAAAGAUGGCCACCAGACUGUAAGCACGUUCACCCAAGCGGACAUAAAUGACAAUCGAAUCAGUUAUCGCCACGACGGUAGCGAAUCCAAAACUGAUAGUUUCUCAAUUGUUGUUACAGAUGGCACCCAUUCAGAUUUCUAUGUUUUCCCCGACUCAAAGUUGCCAAAGUCUGAUUCACAAGUCAUCGAUAUUAGGAUACGACCUGUUGACAACAAGCUCCCUGUCGUUGCCAAGAAUGUUGGCGCUUCAUUCUUGCAGAACUUCGAUAAAGGAGAUGUUGGUUUCCAACUGUCUGACAAAAGUUUGCAAGCACAUGACAGUGACAGUGAUAAUGGAAAGCUACUAUAUUUCAUCACCACACCACCAAAACAUGGCAAGCUUGUGAACGUGUCGGCUCCAGAAGAGGUUCUCUCAACUUUUACCCAAAAUGACGUCAACCAAGGGGGAGUAAGGUAUGUUCUUAAUAAGAAGGAAAAUGCAACCAGUGAUAUGUUUGUCUUCAAAUUGAUGGAUGCAGGAGAGAAUACUCUUUAUGGGCAACAGUUUUACAUGAACUGGGCGUGGGUCUAUUUUUCACAGCCUGAGUACAACGUUAGUGAAACAGAAGGCCACAUAACCAUACCACUGCGUCGUCGUGGGUUUUUAGGGGAGACCAGCUUUGUAAGCCUAGCUCUUCACAAUGGCAGUGCUACAGAGAAAGAAGACUUUGAGAUCAAAAGAUCAAAUCAAGUACAGUUUAGCCCAGGCCAGGCAAGAGCGACGUUGAAAGUGAAGAUUGCUGAUGACUUGAAUUACGAAGCUAUGGAAACAUUCCAAAUUACGUUGGUUGAUAAUAUUCAUGCUUUAGUGGGCGAACCAGGAAAUGCAACAGUAAACAUAUUCGACAAGGAUGACGAGCCAACAGUUGUGAUUGAAGAUCCAGAGUACAUUGUGGAGGAGAAUAUUGGGGUUCUAAAGGUACCACUCCGAAGAAAAGGGGACUUGAAGCCACUGGUCAAAGUUGUUUGCAUAACAACUCCAGGGAGUGCAAGUGGAACGUUGGGGUCAACCGUAACAUCAUAUAGAGACUACGUUUCAAAAGCUGCCCUCGAUCGUGACAAUAUCAUCACCUUCGAUACGAACGAGGUUGUUCAAUACUGCCCGGUUACAAUCAUCGACGAUUCUUUGUAUGAGAAGAAUGAGAAAUUCCAUGUGAAGCUUCUUCCUUAUAUGGGUGCUGCUAUUGGAGACAAAUCAUCUACAGCUGACGUCAUAAUCCUUGCUGACGACAAAGAUGAGCCAGCAUUCACCCUUGACGAAGAUCAUUACAUUGUUGAUGAAGAUGCCGGCGUCUUCGAUGUGACUGUUCGCAGGACUGGCUCCGAUCUUGCAGUAGAAUCAUCGGUGCUGUUUGCUACAAGACAAUGGAGACCAGUUUCAGCCAGAGCCGAAAGAGAUUAUGUUCCACAAGUCCAGAGUUUGCAGUUUGCUGCAGGAGAGACGGAAAAGGUCGUAAAGAUAAUCAUAUUAGAUGACAUUGCACGGCCAAGGAUAGAGGGAAAAGAAAAUUUCACGGUACUGCUUCGUGUCCCAUUGAACGCCACUCUGGGUGCAAAUCCUUCAGCCACCGUGACCAUUGAUGAUACGAAAUCUGAUCUUCCAGCCGUAUACUUUGAGAAGUCUGAGCUGAAAGUCAGAGAAAAUGCUUCUUUUAUCGUUGCUAACAUAAAACGACGUGGCGAUCUCAGCUACACAACCUCGGUUCGAUGUUACACCAGACAAGGCACUGCAAAGGUUUCAAAAGAUUACAUAGAAAGGCCUGACACCAAUGCCUCCUUCGUUGUUUUCAAGCCAAGAGAGACAAUCAAGCCUUGCAAGGUUUUCAUCGUCAAUGACACGAUAAAAGAGCCCACUGAGCAAUUCAAAUUGCAUCUUGGUGCCGUUUUUAGCACAAAUGCCGGUGGUGGAAAGCUUGGAGGACGGACUGUUUCUGUCAUCAAAAUCACAGAUGAUGACCAGCCCAUGAUCAAAUUCAUGGAAAGCAAGUACUAUGCCAAAGAGCCUCCACCUGAUGAGGAGUCGAGAGUGGUUGAGAUCCCUGUGUUCAGAGCUGGUGAUACCUCAGAGCAGUCUGUUAUCACUGUGUACACGAGAGAUGGAUCAGCAAGAAGCGGAAUUCACUACGAGCCUUUAGCCAAGAAAUUGACUUUCGGCAAAAAUGUAACAAAACAAAUGGUGCAGCUGAGGAUUUUCCACGACAAGGAAAAGAGUCUCCGCCGAGCGUUCUCCAUGCAUAUCAAACCAGACGAGAUGGGAAUAGCUGGAUUAGGGUUAAAAAAGACAAUAAUAUACAUUGAAGAAGUUGGAAGGCGAACUGGAGUUACUUUCCCAUUGAAGCCAAAGGUCGCAUCAUUGAAGGAUUAUGAUGACUUAAAAAAUGCAAGAGUGAACCCCAUUCAAGGUUACCCCCUUAUCUGCGUCACGGCGUGCAACCCGAAGUUCCCCGAUUACUCAUCGACUGCUGGCAUUUGCAAAGCAGAGCGAAUUAACAAUGAGUUCACAAGAUAUCGGUGGCAGAUUUCUGCCAGAGACAGCCAAGAUGGCGUUACGCACCAGUUCAAGAACGUUGAAAGCAAAACUUUUGUCACCAAGACUAACAGAAUCACUCUUGACAGCGUUUACUUCGGUCCCGGCACUCGCGUCAGAUGUGUUGCGCAAGCUGUCGAUGAAGACGAAGGGUAUGGCGUUGAAAGUUACAGCGAUCCCAUAACUGUAGAUCCUAGUGAAGGACUCUGUAUGCCUCGUAACGAGCGGGAUAUUGGAGCCGAGACAUUCUCGGCCCAGGUCAAAUACACCGGUGCUAAAGAUCCGAAGCAUCCAAACCUGAUCCGCGUCCGGAUACUUGUUCCGCAUUUCGAUGGUCUAAUGCCAGCCAUUUCCACUAAACAACUUUCCAACUUCGAAAUCGCUCUCAGCCCAGAUGCAAGUCGUGUUGCUCAGCAUACUUGCUCAAAUUUAUUGGAUAUUAAUGAAAUUAGAACCAGAUUCGGUUUCUUAACCAAAGACAUUAUUGAUCCUGAUAACGCUGGAGAAAGUCUUCCAUAUCAGUAUGAUGUUGGACUUCGUGGAAACGCUACCCUUAGGUUCUACCGCCAUCUUAAUCUGGAUGCCUGUCUUUGGACCUUCGAAUCAUACUAUGACAUGACUGAAUUGGUGCAGAAAUGCGGUGGAACGAUCACCACUGAUGGCCAAGUGAAAAACACGGUGCAAUCGCACAUGUCAGUCAAAGUGCCACUCUUCGUCUCCUACAUUUACCAUUCGCCGACAGCCGCCGGCGGUUGGAUGCAUUUCGACCACAAAUCGUCAUUGCGACUGACCUUCGUAUACGACACUGCUGUGCUUUGGAAGGAUGGCGUGGGACCCCCGGCGACGUCAGUUCUUAAAGGAAAUCUGUAUCCCACGAGUAUUAGAAUCAGAGACUCGGAUCGAAAGCUUGUUGUGAAUUUCAGGACAAAGGCAAGAUUUAGAGGACAGUUCAUCAUGAAAAAAGACACAAGCAAAUACGCUUCAAUUGUAAUGUCACCAGACCAGCCCAGCCUAACAAUGACCUUGAGCCUAGUAAGAAGUGACCAAACGUACGCGGAGCCAGAGCAGCUGUGGCAAUUUGUCUCAAAUUUCGCUGUUCGGGAUUACAGUGGCCUCUACAUAGUCAGACUGGUUCCCUGCACAGUGACAGAGGACAUUGAAUAUGCAACGCCUUUAGAAUGUACUCCUCGAAAUCCAAUCACCUUCCAACUGCCAAUCAGAUUCCAACAGACAAGUGAAGCAGUCCAGGCUAACUUCAGUCUGAAUACGAGGUUCUUCCUGCUAAAUAGAAAGGAGCAAUGGACUUCAGAGAAAUUUACUGGAUCUGAGGCUACUGACGUUGCCUUUACCAAAGGUUCAAAGAUUUAUGGGCGAGUCAUGAUUGACACGGCUCAAAGCUUGGGAAGUGCGUAUCACGUGGUCAUUGAAAAGGUGUACCUCUGCAGUGGACUUGAUGGCUACGUUCCAAAGUUCGAUCCAUCAGUAAACGAAUUCGGUUGUCUGGCCGAUUCUAAGAAUCUACUGUAUCGAUUUAAAGUUUUGGAUAGGCUAGCUCCGAGCACAAUUACAUCCCAAUUCGACAAUGUCCAAUUCAAUGCUGUUUUUGCCGCCGAUGACCAAAGUGCGGACCAACUGGUGGAAAAUGCGGGGGCCGACGGCUUCAAACUCGACAGUGAGCCUCUUUUCAAGGUUUCUGGUGGCAGAAAUUGGUUCUUGCACACAAUUUACACAGUAAGGUCAGAGUCACAGAAGAACCGGGGAGUAGGCAAAAGGAGCUUGGAAUAUCUUGUGACUGAAACAAGACAUUCCAUUAUGGCAAAACCCUCACACGGACGGUACAGAAGGGAACUAGAGGAACUGAAAACCAUUGGUAAAAACAGAGGAACAAACAUCCAGAUGAUCAGGCUAGCUUACAAUCCCCCUUCUAAUCCUCUAGGGGAUUCCUCUUUAACCUUGGAGAAUAACUACGGUGGAAACCUUCCAAAAGAAAAGGGCUUACAGCGACAAACUGUUUUAGAAGAGCAACUCUCAUCCGGGGCCAUUGCAGGCAUUGUUCUAGCUGUUUUGUUUUUGAUCAUUGCAACAGCCGCUGUUGUCCUUUAUAAAAGGAGGCGGCCCUCAGACGAGGUCAAAAGGACUGCUUCUGCCGUUAGUGUUGGUGAUCAAGAUGGGACUGAAAUUUAGAUGUUUUAUUAGCGUAUAGAAAAAGGGAUAGUGCACAAAACUCGCGUAGGCCUUGUCAUUAAAUGACCUAUUUACGUGUAAACAAUGAUUAUAUCAUCAGUGAUAGGUAUGGCUGUAUCAAGUCAAAAUUUUAUGUUUUGUUUUAUAAUACUCUUAUAUAGGCUAUUGUGAAAAAUAACGGCAAGGCCUGGAAAUGGGCUUAUCGCACGAGUCCCCAGUUUAAGAAACCCGUCUUCUUGACUGCGUUGUGAAAGCAAAAGUGAUGACUUAAUUAAUCUAUCCUUUGUACUGUAGGUUUUGUUUGUACUUUUUGAUGUAAAUCGAGUUUAAACUUUCGAGGAGUGUAGCUGUUUGACCAGUUACUCCUUGCGGGCACCAUUGUUCCAAUGGAUCAUGUUUCCACGGGCACCCCGUUGCAAUGGAUCAUGUUUCCACGAGCACCCUAUCCCAAUGGGUCAUAUUACUGUGCCAAAAAACACUCACAACAUAUUUGGUCCGUACCGUGUAAACAGAACCCAAGCUCUUAAAAAGUGCAGCUUUCCAUCUUUUUCGUCAAGUACCAGUUCCCUCAUUACCUGCCUCACUUCCCUGCUUGCUUCAUAGCGAAAAUGAUUAAAUCGUUGUGUAGCCCAGAUGUUAUGGUGUUAAUGUCAAGGCAGUUAUAAUGUUAUUUGUAAGGAUGGUCUUUUUGACCGAAUCAUUCCAAAACUUGGUUAGUGUAAUUGCUGGAAAAUUUUUGAAAAGGAAGUAGACUUGAGCGGGAAUGCCUACAACAUGAUUCUAUAUCCAAAUCGUAUUCACAAGAAAGACGUAUUUUUGUAUUUGGCGUUUUUGUAGUCUAUAGCGUUUUUUAUGCCAUCGUAGCUUUUUAUAUAGAUGGUUAUAGCUGUGUUAGAUGAUUUAGCGUGUAGCUUUCUUGACAAAAGCUGAAAGUCAGCCAUACGCAAACAAAUAGUAUAGCAUGCCUUUUUAAUUAAGAGAUGUUUUAGUUACUUAUCAACUACUUUAAGUGGCUUGCAGUAUAGGAGGGUCUUAAAGGAGAAAGUCGUCUUGGCCUGCAAAUUUGAAAUUACAUUAAUAACUGUUAUCUUACUCUCGUAUAUUUGAGUUGACGAUGUUCGCUGCUACCUUCUAUCUUCCACCUCCCCUUUCAUUUUCUGUCAGCAAACCAGUGAUAAUAAAUUCGUGAAAGUUUUUGCCUUUUAAAUCUAAUUCGGCAAUAUUUCUUUCUGCCCAACUAAAACUAAAAUACACGGUCAGCUGUUUUCCGCUAUUAUGUCUUUAACAAUUCGUCUCCAGUUCUCUCUGUUUGCUGUAAUCUCUUGCAGGACUUUAAAUGUUUUUCAACAGAAUUUGACUCAAUGUUUAUUUGUUCUUUCUGCCACGUCAUACUAAUCUUGCUGUCAUGUCUUUUUCGUCAACUGAUUAUUCUCUACAAAUGCAUCCUUAUCGCUGUCAAAAUAGGUAUUUUUAAAUUGACUUGGUAUUCAGUGGUGUUUUCCAUGCUGUACUUAAUAUUUUGUUCCUAUCAUUUACAUUUGUAUAUUUAAUUCCUCUGAUUCAUAAAUCUGUAACAAUAUAACUGUAACAAAAUUUUGAUGUUUUUGAAAGAAACUUUAUGAA